AUGAAGACCAGGCUGUCUUUGGCAGCAGCUGCCAUCAUUGCAGCAGUAGUGCUAUCUGCUGUUGGUGCUCAAGUUGUACCGCCCUCAGAUUUGAGGUUUAAAAUUCUAAAUGAAAACACUGUAGAAAUGUCAUGGAGACCAUCAAAAACACGCGUACAGGGAUACAAACUACAAAUAGUUGCAGAAUCAGAUGAACCAGACAGAGAAAUGAACCUUCCAUCGUCUUACACAAAGACAUCCAUCACAGACUUGACCCCAGAUAUGAAUUAUAUGGUAACCAUUAUUUCAUUCUCUGGGACUGAAGAGAGUUUACCCAUUUCUGGCCAGAUCACAAUCCAGUCCAGUGGAACAGGUGGCGGCACCAGGAAACCCCAGGUCACAGACUCAGUCAAAUGCACAGUUGGCGCCAUUGCUGACUUGGUCUUCCUGGUGGACGGCUCUUGGAGUGUUGGGCGUGAGAACUUCAAAUACAUCCGUAACUUCAUUAGUGCCAUGUCUAGUGCCUUUGACAUAGGGGAGGACAAGACGAGGGUUGCCGUGGUUCAGUACAGCACAGACACCAGGACCGAGUUCAACCUCAACCAGCACUCCAAACGGGGCGAACUGCUGCGGGCUGUCAACAACCUGCCUUACAAGGGUGGCAACACCAUGACAGGUGACGCCAUGGACUUUCUGCUGAAAAACACUUUCACUGAAGCGGCUGGAUCCAGGAAAGGGUUUCCCAAAGUGGCCAUGAUUAUUACGGAUGGGAAGUCACAAGACCCGGUGGAAGGCUACGCCAAAAAACUCAGGAACAGUGGAGUGGAGAUAUUUGUCCUGGGCAUCAAAGAAGCAGACGAGGCUGAGAUGAGACAAAUGGCUUCCUCCCCACACAACACGCACGUCUACAACAUCCCCGACUUCAACGUGAUCAAGACCGUGCAGCGCAAGCUUAUCACUGAAGUGUGUUCUGCCGUGGACAACCAGCUCAACACACUCGCCAGCGGAGAGGAAAUGGUCGAGGCUGCCUCAAACCUGGAAGUCACCGAGGUCACCUCCAAGUCCAUGAGACUGCAGUGGGAUGCCUCACCCGAUGACGUGACCGGCUACAAGCUACAGUUAGUCCCGAUGAUGGCUGGGGCCAAGAGACAGGAGCUGUAUGUUGGGCCCACACAGUCAUUCGUGAAUGUGCGUGACCUCACCCCUGAGACGGAGUAUGAGGUCAGCCUGUUUGCCCUCAAAGGCCUGAUCCCCAGCGAACCAGUCAUGGCCAUGGAGAAGACCGAGCCUCUUAAAGUGUCCCUGGAGUGCUCCCUGGGAGUGGAUGUACAAGCAGAUGUUGUCCUCCUAGUUGAUGGUUCAUACAGUAUUGGUCUGGCCAACUUUGCGAAAGUGAGAGCCUUCCUGGAAGUUCUGGUUAAAACCUUUGAUAUUGGACCCAAUAAGGUUCAGAUCAGCUUGGUCCAGUACAGCCGAGAUCCACACACAGAAUUUUACCUCAACACUCACAAUGACCAAGCUGCAGUCCUCAAGGCAGUACAGACCUUUCCAUACCGUGGUGGCUCAACUAACACAGGUCGUGCCAUGACCUAUGUUAGGGAAAAGAUCUUCAUUUCAAAUCGUGGUGCAAGGGCCAAUGUUCCUCGGGUCAAUGUCCUUAUUACAGAUGGAAAAUCAUCGGAUGCUUUCAAAGAUCCAGCAGUCAAGUUAAAAAAUGCGGAUGUGGAAGUCUUCGCCGUCGGUGUGAAGGAUGCAGUCCGCAGCGAACUGGAAGCUAUCGCCAGUCCUCCCACGGAAACGCAUGUUUACACUGUGGAGGAUUUUGAUGCCUUCCAGAGGAUUUCCAAUGAGCUGACCCAAUCCAUUUGUCUGCGAAUUGAGCAAGAGCUGCUUAACAUCUUAAGGAGAAACCUGGUCGCACCCAGAUCUCUCUCCUUCUCGGAGGUGACCUCCAGAAGCUUCCGAACUACCUGGGAAAUCGAUGCCAAGAAUGUCCAGUCUUACCUGAUUCAGUACAGGCCCGAAGCGGACUCCAGAGGGGACUAUGUUUCCGUCUCGGUGCCAGGGGACAGCCUCACCGCUGUCCUGCUCCACCUUACACCCCAAACAAAGUAUGAAGUCAACAUCUAUGCACAGUAUGAAAAAGGAGAAAGCUUUCCCAUCACCGGAUAUGAGACCACGCUAGAAGACUCGGGGACAGUGCGCAAUCUCCGGGUGUCAGAGGAGACAACGGACAGUUUCAGGGUGUCCUGGGCGGCCGCCCCCGGGGCCGUGGCGAGGUACAGGGUCACGUACGUCCCGGUCAGAGGAGACCACCCAUCGCAGGAGACGACCACCGCGGGCCCCGAGACCACCAUCGUUCUCCGGCAGCUCUUGCCCACCACCACGUAUCGUGUGAGCGUGUCGGCCGAGUACGGAGGCGGCCCGGGACCAGCCAUGCAGAUCGAUGGCACCACCAAAGAAGAGAUGGGUGCCCCGAGAGACCUGGUCACGAGCGACGUCACAGAAACCAGCUUCGUGGCCUCGUGGUCUCCGGCUCCCGGGGGCGUGAGGUCCUACCGCGUCCGUUGGAACUCCCUGUUCACCCAGGAGUCAGGAGAGAAGACGGUCAGUGGGGGUGAGACCUCCACCAUCUUGGACGGCUUGACCCCUGAGACCCUCUACCGGGUGAACGUGUACGCCGCAUACGGCCGCAAGGAGUCGGAGCCACUGACCGGAGAAGAGACAACGGAUGCCUCUGCGGCGGCCAAGAAGCUGACCGUGUCGGACGAGACCGAGCGCACCAUGCGGGUGACGUGGCUGGCGGCGCCGGGCAAAGUGCUCAACUACCGGCUGAAGUACUCGCCGCAGGCGGGCGGUCGCGAGGUGGUGCUCAAGGUGCCCGCCAACGCCACCACCACCGUCAUGAGGAAGCUGCAGCCCAUGACCACCUACGACAUCACCGUGCACCCCAUGUACAAGCGAGGAGAAGGCAAAGCAAGGCAAGGAGUAGGAACGACACUCUCACCCUAUAAACCUCCCAGGAACCUUCAAACCUCCGAGCCCACAAAGACCAGUUUCCGCGUGAGCUGGGACGCAGCUCCAGGCAACGUGAAGGGCUAUAAGGUCACUUUCCACCCCAGUGACAAUGAUAUAGACCUCGGGGAGCUGCUUGUAGGCCCUUAUGACAACACAAUCGUUUUAGAGGAGCUCAGAGCUGGAACAAAAUACUCAGUAGCUGUUUUUGGAAUGUUUGACGGAGGGCUGAGCAUGCCUCUCGCUGGAGAGGAGAAGACUACCCUCAGGGACGCUCCCGACCCCCCCGUCUUUGAGGACAACGCUCAGUGUAACACCCAGGCGAAGGCAGACAUCAUUCUGCUGGUGGACGGCUCAUGGAGUAUUGGUCGCCUGAACUUCAAAACCAUCCGCGCCUUCAUCGGUCGCAUGGUUGGUGUCUUUGACAUCAGUCCAAUGAGGGUCCAGAUUGGUCUGGCUCAGUACAGUGGAGACCCCAAGACUGAGUGGCACCUGAACGCUCACCCAACCCGUGAAAGUCUGUUGGAUGCUGUGGCUAACCUGCCUUACAAGGGAGGCAACACCAUGACAGGCCUGGCUCUUAACUACAUCCUCCAGAACAACUUCCAAGAGAGUGUGGGCAUGCGCCCAGACUCACGCAAGAUUGGUGUGCUCAUCACUGACGGCAAAUCCCAGGAUGACAUUAUCGGCAACUCACAGGUCCUCAAAGAUCAGGGCAUUGAGCUCUAUGCCAUUGGUGUGAAAAAUGCCGAUGAGGGUGAGCUGAGAACCAUUGCCUCAGACCCUGAAGAUAUCCACAUGUACAACGUCAAUGACUUCACUUUCCUAUUGGACAUUGUGGAUGACCUCACCCUCAACCUCUGUAACAGUGUCAAGGGUCCAGACGGAGGCCCUGGGACGCCUUCUGACCUUGAAUUCUCGGAGGUCACCCACUAUUCUUUCGUUGCAACGUGGAUCCCUCCUGAUGAGCCUGUGGAGAAGUUCCGCAUCGAGUAUGUGCCUGCAGCCGGAGGAGAGACCAAAGUGGCGUAUGCGGAUGGAGAGGUGCCCACCAUCACGCUGGAGGACCUUAUCCCCGAUACCAAGUACAUCGUGAGAGUGAUCGGCAUGAAUGGAGAUGAGAGCGGCGAGCCCCUGAUAGGAGCGGAAACCACCCUGCCCCUGCCAUCAGUGAAGAGCAUGACGGUGUACGACGAGACCCUGACCAGCAUGAAAGUGCGCUGGGAGGUGGUGCCCGGUGCCUCGGGCUACAUGCUCCUGUACAGCGCCCUCAACGCCACUCAGCCCACCAAGGAGAAGGAGAUGCGUGUCGGAGCUGAUGUGAGUGAUGUCCAGCUGGUGCAGUUGUUCCCCAACACGGCCUACACCAUCUCCCUGUUUGCGCUCCACGGAGAGGCGGCCAGCAACCCGCUCACAGACACCGGAGUCACCUUGCCCCUGCCCCCGGCGGGCAAGUUGACCAUCACUGAUGUGGACCACAGCAGCAUGAAGGUCACCUGGGAUGCUGCCCCUGGCAACGUCAAAAAGUACAUCAUCACCUACAAGCCAGAGGAAGGAGAACUCAAAGAGGUUGAAGUCAAUGGCGAUAUCACCACAUUACCACUUAAGAGCCUCAUCUCCCAAACCGAAUACGACGUUGCGGUCACCCCAGUGUACGACGAGGGUCCUGGAAACCCUAUGCUUGGAAGUGCUAUCACAGAUGUGGUGCCCGCGCCCAAAAACCUCCGCUUCUCUGAAGUGACCCAGACCUCCUUCAGAGCCACAUGGGAACACGGAGCCCCCGACGUUCUGCUCUACCGUGUCAGCUGGACCAAGAAGGGAGAGCAGAAUUUUGAAAACGCCAUCCUGAACAGUGAUGAGACCUCACUGGUGCUGGAGAACCUGGACCCAGACACUCCCUAUGACGUGACCGUCACCGCUAUCUACCCUGAUGAGUCCGAGAGCGAGGACCUGAUGGGCACCCAGCGUACAAAUCCCAUCGGACCUCCAGCCAACCUGCGAGUCUUCAACGCCACCACCACUACUCUUACCCUCAAGUGGGACCAUGCCCCUGGCCCAGUCGUGAACUACAAAAUCACUUACCUGCCUUCCGCAGGAGGGAAGGCCAUCACUACUCAGGUUGGAGGGAAGAAGAACCAGGCCGUCCUCCAGAAACUCACUCCUAACACCCCCUACAACAUCACUGUGGCGGCGGUUUACCGCAGUGGAGAGAGCAGAGACCUUUCUGGACAGGGAACUACAAGACCCUUGGGCGGAGUGAGAAAUCUGCAGGUGGUCAACCCCACCAUGACCACCCUGAAUGUGCGCUGGGAGCCAGCCGACGGCAAAGUGCGCGAGUACAAAGUGGUCUACGUGCCAGCAGCAGGCGGGGCAGAGAGCAUGGAGCAAGUAGCUGCCACUGCCACCAGCACCGUCCUCCGAGGCCUUCAGCCCGACACCUUGUACACCGUCACACUGAUCCCUGUGUACGCUGAAGGGGACGGCAAGCGCAUGUCUGAGAACGGGAAAACAAGGCCCUUGGGUGGUGUGAAGAACCUGCGUGUGACCGACCCCACCAUGACAUCACUGAACGUGAAGUGGGAGCCAGCUGAUGGGGCCGUACGCCAGUACAAGAUCUUCUUCGUCCCCACCGCCGGAGGACCAGAGGAUAUGGAGCAAGUCCCAGCUACCCAGACCACUAUUGUCCUGAGGAACCUUAAGCCAAACACCCUUUACACUGUGUCGGUUGUGCCAGUCUACCCUGCUACCGAAGGAAGGCGUCAGUCUGAGAACGGAAAAACAUUGCCCUUGGGCGGAGUGAGAAACCUGCGGGUCAUCGAUCCAACCUUCACCACCCUGAACGCAGUGUGGGAGGCGGCGGAUGGGAACGUCCAGGGAUACAAAGUUCUCUACGCUCUCGCCGCCGGAGGACCUCAGAUGAUGGAACAAGUAUCUGAGAGCACCACCGCCCUGCUGCUGAAGAACCUGGAGCCAGACACAGACUACAUCGUCACCGUGCUGCCAGUAUACGCAGAAGGCGAUGGUCCAGAGCUCGCGGAGAACGGAAAGACAAAGCCUUUGGGUGCAGUCAAAAAUCUGCAGGUGAUAGACCCAACCAUCACCACCUUGAAUGUGCGCUGGGAGCCAGCCGAAGGCAACGUGCGCGAGUACAAGGUGGUCUACGUGCCCGCCGGAGGAGGACAGGAGCUGACGGAGACGGUUUCUGGAGGUGUGACCUACACAGUUUUGAAGAACCUCCAGGCUGAUACUCUGUACACGGUCAAAGUCACCCCUGUCUACCCUGAGAUGGAGGGCCUUCCACAGUCCGAGAGUGAAAAGACCAAGCCGUUGGGUGGGGUGAAGAACCUGCAGGUGGUGGACCCCACCAUCAGCACGCUGACCGCCCGUUGGGAGCCGGCCGACGGAAAUGUGCGCCAGUACAAAGUUUUCUACGUCCCGGUUCCAGGAUCUGAUGAGAAGAUGGAGCAAGUCUCUGGUGGCACAACCAGCAUUGUCUUGAGAAGCCUGGAGGCUAAUACCGUCUACAAGGUGUCUGUGCUUCCAGUUUAUGACCAGGUGGAGGGCAAACUGCAGUCUGAAAAUGGAAAGACAAAACCUCUUGGUGGUGUGAAGAACCUGAAAGUGACUGACCCCACUGUGAACUCCCUGAGGGUGAAAUGGGACGCAGCUGACGGGGAUGUGCGCCAGUACAACGUCAUCUACGUUCCUGUUGCUGGAGGAACCGAGAGUGUGGCUCAGGUAUCGGGAGUGUCAACCAACACAAUGCUGAGGAACCUGCAGCCAGACACGGAAUACAAGGUCACUGUGGUGCCUGUCUAUGCUGAUUUGGAGGGGAAACGCCAGUCAGAGAAUGGAAAGACAAAGCCUUUGGGCGGGGUGAAGAACCUACAGGUCACGGAUCCCACCACCAGCUCCCUGAAGGUGCGCUGGGAGCCGGCCGAGGGCAACGUCAGGCAGUACAGGCUCUUCUACGUGCCUGCAUCUGGCGGAGCGGAGGAUAUGGAACAAGUCUCUGGAGGCACAACCACGACCAUCCUGAGGAAUCUUCUGUCUGACACCGUCUACACUGUCACUGUGGCCCCUGUCUAUCCAGAGGGUGAAGGCCUGCGUAUGUCGGAAACUGGAAAGACAUUGCCACGCACCGCUCCCAGGAAUAUGAAGGUCUACAAUCCGAGCCCUAACAGCCUGAACGUGCGAUGGGAACCUGCCUCAGGACGGGUGCAGCAGUAUCGCGUUGUCUACCAGCCCGUCAAUGGAGUUAGGCCAUCUGAGUCUGUCCUGGUUCCCGGAAGCACCCAAAAUGCCUUCUUGGAUCAGCUUGUUCCAGACACCGAGUACUCAGUGACAGUUGUGCCUGUCUAUGCUGAUGGAGAUGGACCUUCUGCCCAGGAUAAUGGCAGAACAUUGCCUCGUGCUGGGCCCAGGAAUCUGCGAGUGUUUGACGCAACCACCAGCACCCUGAGCAUUGGCUGGGAUCAUGCUGAGGGACCAGUCAUGCAGUACAAGAUCUCCUACGCACCUCUCACCGGAGACCCCAUCACCGAGUUUGCUGUUGUCCCUGGAAACAGAAACAAUGCCAUCCUGCAGAACCUAAAGCCCGACACCCCUUACAACAUCACAGUGGAGGCUAUUUAUGGAGAUGGCCCUGGCGGUUCUCUUGUUGGGACUGGACGCACAGUUGGUCUCCUGGAACCUCGCAACCUCCGCAUCUCGGAUGAAUGGUACACCCGAUUCCGUGUGGCUUGGGACGCUGUGGCUGCUCCCGUUCUGGGCUAUAAACUAGUCUACCAGCCUGCAGGUAAAGAUGACUCAUUGGAGGUGUUUGUUGGUGAUGUCACUACCUACACCCUGCGGAACCUGCUCCCUGGCACAACCUAUGAUGUAAAAGUCUUUGCUCAGUACGACGGUGGUAUGAGCGGGGCACUCAUUGGACAAGGAACUACAUUGUACUUGAAUGUCACCAAUCUUGAGACCUACAACGUUGGUUAUGACAAGUUCUGCAUCAAAUGGACGCCACAUCGUGCUGCAACGUCUUACAGGAUAAAGUUGAACCCUCUUGAUCCCGCAGCCAAGGGUCAGCAGGAAAUCACCAUCACAGCUGCUCAGAGUCAGUACUGCUUUGAUGGCCUGUCUCCAGACUCCCUGUACAGCGCUACUGUGUUUGUCCAAACCCCAAACCUGGAGGGCCCUGGAGUCAGUGUGAAAGAACGCACAUUGUUCAAGCCUACACCUGUUCCAACAUUGCCACCUACUCCUCCCCCUCCCCCUACGAUUCCACCUGGCUGGGCCGUUUGCAAAGGUGCCAAAGCUGAUGUAGUCUUCCUCAUUGAUGGUUCAUGGAGUAUCGGAGAGGAGAGCUUUAACAAGGUGGUGAAGUUUGUCUUCAACAUGAUUGGAGCUUUCGAUGUCAUCGGACCAUCAGGAAUGCAGGUGUCAGUUGUACAGUACAGUGAUGAUGCCCAGAAUGAGUUCAGGCUGAACACGUACAGUGACAAGGGCAUGGCUCUGUCUGCUCUUACACUUAUUAAAUACAAGGGAGGAAACACUAAAACAGGAGUUGCUCUGAAACAUGUGCAUGAGAAAGUCUUCACUUCAGAUAAUGGAAUGAGAAGAAAUGUUCCUAAAGUGGUUGUAGCAGUCACAGACGGACGCUCUCAAGAUGAAGUAACAAAGAAUGCGGCCAAGCUGCAGCAUUCUGGGUACAGUGUGUUUGUCGUCGGAGUUGCCGACGUGGACUUUGUGGAACUUCAGAAUAUUGGCAGCAAGCCCAGUGAACGUCAUGUCUUCGUUGUGGAUGACUUUGAUGCUUUUGCAACAAUUCAAGACAAUCUUGUGACCUUCAUUUGUGAAACAGCCACAUCAUCUUGUCCUUUGAUCUUCCUGAAUGGGUUCACAUCACCAGGCUUUAGAAUGCUUGAGGCCUUCAACAUAACUGACAGGACGUAUGGUUCCAUCAACGGUGUCUCCAUGGAAACAGGCUCCUUCAACAGCUACACUGCCUACAGACUUCACAAGAAUGCUUACCUUACUCAGCCAUCUUCAGACAUCCAUCCUGAUGGCCUCCCAGCAGGGUACACAAUCAUCCUAAUGUUCCGACUCCUUCCCGACUCCCCCAAAGAGGCUUUCGACAUUUGGCAAGUGUCGGACAAGAACGACAAGCCCGAAACCGGAGUCACGAUUGAUCCUUCCAGCCAAACACUAUCGUUUUAUAACAAGGACACCCGUGGGGAGAUCCAAAGGGCCACAUUCGAUAAUGAUCAAGUGAAGAGAAUCUUUCAUGGUAGCUUCCAUAAGAUUCACUUCUUGGUCUCCUCCAAGAGUGUCAAAAUGAACGUGGACUGCCAGGAGGUGGCUGAGAAAGAGAUUAAGGAAGCUGGAAACACAUCUGCGGAUGGCUAUCAAGUGCUUGGCAAAAUGUCCAAGUCCAUUGGCCAGAAAGGAGAAUCAGCGACCUUCCAGCUCCAGAUGUUUGACAUUAUCUGCAGCCUUGCCUGGACAAGCAGAGACAGAUGUUGUGACCUUCCGUCCAUGCGUGAUGAGUCCAAGUGCCCAGCUCUCCCCAACGCCUGCACAUGCACCACUGAGAGCACAGGAAUUCAGGGACCACAGGGGCCUGUGGGUGCCCCAGGAAGCAAAGGUCCAAGGGGCGAGAGAGGAGAGACUGGUCCUGCGGGUCCAAUAGGACCACCUGGAGAACUGGGUCAGACCGGACCUAUGGGUCUUCCCGGGCCACAAGGACCCAGUGGAAUGUCUAUUCCUGGUGAUGCUGGCCGCCCUGGACCAAAAGGAGAUGCUGGUGAUUCAGGACUACCUGGACAGAAAGGCCCACCUGGAACUGCUGGUGGUAUUGGCCCAAUUGGACCAGCUGGACCAAGAGGACCCAUUGGCAAGGAAGGAUCAGCCGGACCUAGAGGUCCACCAGGGCCAAUGGGACCUCCUGGGCCUCCCGGAGUCCAAGGCCCCACAGGACAUACUGGAAAGCAGGGUGAAAACGGCAGUCCUGGAGCCACAGGGGUGAAAGGAGACAAGGGCGACAGAGGUGAUAUUGCCUCCCAAGGCAUGAUGAGAUCCAUUGCCAGACAAGUCUGCGAAGCACUAGUGAACAGUCAGAUGAGUCGUGUCGACGAUCUCAUCAAACAACAGAUUCCUAGUAGUUACCGUAGCAACAACCCUGGACCAGCAGGUCCACCUGGACCUGGCGGACCUCAAGGCCCUCGUGGAGAGCCUGGAAGAAUAGGCAGAAAUGGCUUCCCCGGAAAUCCUGGAUUACCUGGAAAUCAGGGAGAGAGAGGAGUACCUGGAGAGAAGGGAGACAGAGGCAAUCCUGGAGUUGGACAGAGAGGGCAGAGGGGACAACCUGGACCUCCUGGACCACAAGGUGACUCCAGAACUGGACCUCCCGGCCCUUCAGGCCCUAACGGGUCUCGUGGAGCCCCCGGCCGCAAUGGCGUCUCUGGGGUGAGAGGCCCACCCGGCCCCCCAGGCUACUGUGACUCCUCCCAGUGCGUCGGAAUUCCAUACAACGGACAGGGAUACGGAGGAGAACGCGAAGCAGAACCACAGGUAGUCCCCAUACCUGAAGAAGAGGAAUAUGACCUUUCACAGCGUCGAAAGAGGUCUCUAUCAAGGAAGGGAUCAAAGAGGAUAGCACCAUAAGAAGCGGACGAUGUUCUCGACUCAAUUUUUAUGUAUAAAUUAUAUAUAUAAUUAUGUGUUUGUUGUAGUCACUCUCAGACAUGUAACUGUGAAGGGAUAUGCACACUUGACAUCAGGAGGGCUUCCCGCUCUCUUUAAGCCUAAUUAGUCUAUACCUUCACGUUCAGUGAGUGCACACGUAAAAACAAAACAAACCAGAAGGGAAGGUGAGCAAACCAAAGGAAAUUGUUUUUCCAUUUUUUAUUUUUUUCUUGAUCUGUGAUCUUGUUUUUGUUUUUUCCUAUUUCAAGUAACUAUGUGCCAUUACUUGUAACAUACCCGCAUCAUGUCUCAUUCAUCGGAGGAUAGCCGUUGCAUUUAACAAAAACAGGCUGCGUUUGAAAACAUAUUGGUUGAAAGCAAAUGUAUAGAAACAGCGCAGUGGCGAUGGCACUGUGUUUAUAAGUCAUAAUUACAGCUCAUCAUAAAUGCCUCAUUAUAGUUGUCGUUGUGUUGCAAUUUCACAGUCAUACGUCAUACUCUGCCACUGGAGUCAUGGUCACAUCACAGCAUCAUCUGAUCUGUUUCUCACUUUUACAUACAUCAAUUAAACAUGACUUCCUUUUGUUAUUUUAGACUUAAUAUUUAUCAGUGUUAUUAUAUCAAGUCACAGCAGAUUUUAGCAAAGGUGGAAUUGCAUGUCUGUGGUGUAUAUUUAGUAAGUUUUCCAUUUGUUUUGUCCUUGUUUUUUUUGUUUGUUUGUUUGUUUGUUUGAUUUUUUUUUUUUAUCUGAAUAUAGUUGUUGUCAUUGUUGUUUUAUCAUUAUCUCAUGCAGUUGACAUGUGUGUGCAAGACUAUGGAUAUGGUAUUGCUGCUUUAUGUUUUAAACUGCAGAUUGUGAAUUCCACAGCCUUAUUUUCUUAUUUAUUUCUGAAACCGAAGAGGCAUUUUUCAAUAAAACUACUGAAAAUUUAAAAA